AGGUGACUUGCGUAAUCGCGCCUUGACCACUACCAGGCCCGCCCACGACCUGAUGAACUUGAGAACAGGACUGAACAGAUCAGAAAGGACACAACCUACAUCCUCAACGUCGGCCACCUACUGUUGGUGGACGACUGUUGUGUCCUCACCUUCAGGCAGCGAAACUUGCCCAAGGAUCGCCUAGCUCCGCAUCGCUAACGAAGUGCAAGGCGCCACCCUUUUGGCGCCCCUAAGCGCACGUCAUAGGGUGAUUUCUGCUAGGAGAGCAGACACCCGACACCCACCAGCGUCGCUGAGGGCGAUUGGAACACCACCAAAACGGCCCCCCCUGGCCUUCUUUCGACACCAUCACCGUUUGUUUGUUCCUUGUUUGUUUUUGUUCCUUUUUUUUUUCUCUGCUUUUGAUCUUGCGCCCCAUCGAAACCGGCCCGCGCGGAAAAUCGAACCACGACGAGUCGACCCCAAAAUGGUCGUGAUUUAGAUGCACACCAACCUUCCGAAAGGCGUGCUGCCGGUCCGCACCUUGACCAUGCACGUCGUCGAUCGACCGCCCUGCUCCCCAGGCCUGCCGCCGAGCCCCCUGCCCGGCCACAGACACCCGACUGCGAGCACGCGCCCGACUUUCUUGCACAGGAAAGAGGUGGCAAUGGCACGGGAGGAACUGAGCGCCGCCUGCGGCAACGGACGGAGGGAAACCGAAUGGGGCGCUCGUGGAACAGCAUCUGGGUGGGAUGGGAGUGGGUGCCGAUCAUUCGAAUCCUUCGACGACAACCGCGGCGACAACGGCUGCAGCGACGACUUCGAUGCCGUGUCCCGACCGAGCCGCCGAACAAGCUGGCCGCCGCUGGCCCGCAAGGCCCGACCGCCGCUGACACGAUCGAUACUCUGUGGACUCGGGAGGUUCUCGUCGGCUAGCCUCAAUAUGGUGUUUCUCAUACUCCUCGCCGCGAUCCUGCGCCCAUGCGCGGCCGUCCUGAUUCCCUUCGAGAACUGCUUGCCCAAAUACUACGUUGAUAACAAGCCGACGGCCCUGCAAUGGCUCCCCAAGUUUGUCGACGCAACCCUCAAUGUCACCAACGACAUCCAGAGUCUCAAGGUCACCAUGUGGGGGAACGUCGCCGGCUCACGGCGUGACCAGCCACUUCCUCCCGCCAGCAAUAUUACGUAUUGGAAUGAUCCCAAGCAGACCACCGGGAAGAUCCAACAAAUCCCAAACUCCAAUCCUCCGCGGAUCUCCACGACCUUGAACUCCAAGAUAAACGUCCUGACGUAUGAGCCGUGGAGUGGCAACUUCGACUUCUGUGAAAACUUGUCUAAGCCCCAUACCUGUCCCCUUGGACCGGUGUUCAAUUUCAACACCACAUCUCCCCGGGAUAUUCUGCCCUCCGUCUCCAUGGCCAACAAUUUCACAACGUCGUACGCCUUCACGUCGUGGUCGGCGACAUUCCUGAUCAAGUACACCGACAGCGAGGUAGUAAACAUAGGCUGCGUGUCGGCGACCAUAACUCCUGACCUGGGAAGUUAUGUUCCGCUUCUCAAGUUCCUUCCAAUGGGAAUUCUUGCCUUUGUCGGCUUCGCCACCAUCUUUGCGGCUACAUUCAGUCCCUGGGGCACCACCGACGUUUUCCGGUGGAGCUCCAACUACGGCCGCGAUCACGACCUUCUCCGCCUGGUGACACCGGGCUUUGGUGACUGCCUUCAGUACAUUCAGUUUGUCGCACUCACCGGAGGCCUUUCGCUCCAUUAUCCUGGUUUCUACCAGCCAGUUGUGAGCCAGCUGUCCUGGUCUGCUUUGAUGUUCAACCAAUCCUUUGUUACCAAGGAGCCGGGGUACCAGAGCUUGCGGGAUGGAAUCUACGUCACAGAUGGCGCCGUCACCGAGUCGUACGGCCUUCAUGGCCUAGCGCAACUGACGGGCAUGGGCAACAUGUCAGAUAUAUGGGCUGGGAUGAUGGUUUGGCUGUUGGCCAUCAUCGCCGUUGUCGUCACUGGCGUCCAGAUCGGAUUCGCGGUGCGCUGGAUAUACCGCAAGAUCAAGAACAUCGCAGAGGAAGACCUCCGGGCCAAGGGUCUUCCUUUCACAGUCGGCAACGUGGUCAGGAUCGUUUUCAACUACUUCCUGCUACCCAUCGUCGCCCUUUCGACGUUCCAGCUUGUCGUCACCCCCGUCUCGCCACCGUACCCCGUCGUCCUCGCCGUGCUCACGCUGGUCCUUAUCAUGGGAUUUGCAGCUUGGCUACUCUAUCUCAUAAUCACCAUCAAGCCCCGCGCCUUCCUCUUCGAUGACCUGCCGACGCUUCUCCUCUACGGGCCGCUUUACAACACAUACUCGGAUGAGGCCGCCACUUUCACCCUCAUCCCUCUCUUUCUGACCUUCAUUCGUGGUAUCGCUGUUGGCGCUGUACAGCCUGUCGGCAUUGUCCAAAUCGUCAUGCUGGCCAUCUGCGAGGUGGUGCAGAUCAUCACCAUUCACUCUAUCAGGCCGUUUCAUAGCCCGACCUCGAUGAACGCCUAUCACACCAUCUUUGCCACGUUCAGGCUAGUGUCGGUCAUUCUGAUGAUUGCCUUUGUGCCGUCGCUCGGCGUCACCGAGGGGCCCAGGGGGUGGAUUGGAUAUGCCAUUUUGAUGAUUCAUGCGUGCGUCAUGGGAUUCGGGUUCUUUCUGAACGCUCUCCAGACCACGCUCGAGGUCGCAGCCCGCUUGUCGGGGGCUGGCGGUGACAGCGCCAGAGGGCUCACGAGAGGAGGGCUCUCCAAGAUUUUUGGGAUGCGACAGCUGCAGCGGAGAGAAGGGCCCUCUAGGAGCAGCCAGCUCUCUACUGCGGGUAUGUUGGAUCAAGAGGAGUCUCAAAAGACGGGGUAUAUCAUGCCGGGCGGACGGCUUAGGAGCGAAUCUGCCGGGAGUGGUGCGCUGCUGAGCCGCGGCCAGCGCAGCUCGUCUGCUCUCGACAACCACAGCGUCGAUGCCGCAUUCGCCCAGGUCCGUCAAUUCGAUGGCGCCAGCUCCUUCACCUUCACACCGACAACACCUGGUGAAGCCAGCACCUUCUCCUUCCUGCCAUCUCCUGCAGGGCAAACUCGACACCCGCUAGCCCCUGCUGCCGGUCUCGAGGCGGCGGCGGAUCCGUACUAUCGACCACCGAGGAGGCGAGGAGCGACGCUCAUACAGGGCAACAUGACGCCUCCUCGAGAGAGGAACAGGGGGUCUUGGGCGGGAAGUGGUGACAUGUCGCAGCGGAGAUUUAGCCAGGGUCCCCUAGCUGACCCAGCCGACGCGGACGCGCAAAUAUCUCGAGGCCCGACCCCGGCGCCGGGGACGGCACCGGGGAACUACUCGCAACCAACUAUCAGCUUCGCACCUAGGACGGAUUACUCGACGCGAGAAGUCGACUUCUACUACGGGGUGCGUGGCCAGAGGCUCAAUUCGGAUGCGCCAAGUCGGAAGCUGGGCACCGGUCCCGCUGAUCCCACGUCUCCCAUGUCAUCCGCGGCCGGUUGGUUCCGUAACAUAAUAGGUGGCAAGACGAAAGAGAAGGGCAAGGGGUUCGAGGUGGUGAGGAGUUCCAGGAUGCCCCCAGCGAUGAAGGCCAGAGGCGGCGACAUUACGGACGAUGCUGCACCGCAAGGCAUCCCCGUGGCUAUGAGCAUGUUGCGCAACGGGCCGAUAGAAUCCGACGACGAGGACGAGGGUAAGAGAAAGAAGAGCAGGGCGGGACGUUCGCAGGGCGAGCCGGGGGAAGCUCGGCUCCUGGACGAAGACGGGAACCCAAAGGUCGAUAAUGCCGAUGAUGCGGAAGUCCCGAAAAUCUCCGAGAACCCUCCCAUGCUUCCCAGCAUAGAGUCCGCCGGGGACAUACAACUCCCCAGUCGGGUGCAGUCCAAGGCCAGCAGAGUCGGAAAGGUGCCUCCGCCGCCAUUAGACUUGAGCCUCUUGGACGAGAAGGGAACCAUGGUGAUACCGCCGGCCAUCCCAAGAAAGAGCUCGAGAAGGGACUCGACUGGUGGGCACAGCCGAGAAUCGUCACUGAAUGCUCUCAACCGCCUCUCGAUGGCACAUACAGCAGCCACGGCUCUCUCGGAGCAAGAGGGUCAUCACCUAGCUCCGACCGUAUCUGCGACGCCAUCUAGGCUUCCUUUCGAGCGGAACAACUCGCAGAAGCGACUCUCGUCCGGGUCCUCCCUUGGGCCGUCGACUUCGGAGUUCAGUAACGGAGACCCCGACUCGUCAAGACCCAGCCAGGAAGAGCGUACGACGAUGUACGGGUAUGUGUCGCAGGGCAGUGUUAACCGCAUUGACCCGCAGCACCCGCAGCAGCUGAACCUCGUGGGAAGCUCAGCCGAGGUUGUUGAUGAGAGGCGGUAGCGCGCCUGUCUUUGUUGGCACUCUUUGCCACAUUUCCCCAAACCGGGGCACACACUUUACACUUGUGAUUUAUUUUGCUUCUAGCGACGGCGUACAAGAUGCUAAAACCCACCCAACCAUUUCACAGAAUCGGACAUGUUUGGUCGGCGGUGGUCCUUGUUGAUUUUGUCUUUUUCGCCAUGAUCCUUUCUUUUUCUCUCCGUCAAUACUGUGCUUUCCACAAGACUUCUUUGUCCAUUGAACAGCGUAUUGUUGCAUUUUUGGGUUACAGCCCUCGGGGGACGAACAUUUUACUUGUGGUAAUAUUCAUGGGACUUCAAAAGGCGGCGAGAGGAACACAUACACGGAAAUAAUACUAGAAGGUACACAGGCGUGCAAAUACGGGCUCUUUACUCGUUCCAUUUAGAUGCUGGUACUCGUGGAAACCGUUCCACAUGUUCUUCGAUCCUGCCACUGGAUUGUUUCGCGGCCCAGAUAGCUCGAGCAAUCAUUCUUCAGAGCACCAUACGUAUCACAAAUGAUUACGC